GGAAGAAUCACUCGCUAUCUUCCGUUGUCCAAUAUGACGUGGCUAAUCCGAUCUGUAGAACAUAAACACUAAAAUAUGAACCACUAAGGGUCUGAAAUCCAAAGGAAAUUGUCUCUAACUAGAACUUUCUUUAAAUCAGAUUAGUUUCGUUCAUCAGAUUUCUUUUAGCAAAGAGAACUACAAACAGAUUUGAGUUGACGUCAGCAGCUAGCAUAAAAAGUCUUUGAAAAGCUGAGCAUCGGAAAAGGCAUGCACUGAGAGAUGUCGGACAGUGAAAUGUCCCACACAGCUGACGGUUCAGAGGAGGUCCACGUGGUUCCGGAUCCUCCUCCUGCUGAAACACCGGACAACUCCUCCACACCCGAUAACUCCACUGAUGUAGCCCCGACGAGAAAAGCCAGAAGGAGACCCGAGUCCAAACCCACCGCGGAACCAGCGGUCACUCCAAAAGAGGACAAGGAUCCACCCAAGACUUCCAGUGAUUCCACUGUGUCUGAGGGCGGGUGGGGAUACUGGGGCAGUUGGGGCAAGUCUCUCCUGUCUACAGCAACAGCCACUGUGGCCACUGUGGGACAGGGGCUCAGCCAAGUGAUCGAGAAGGCAGAGACGACGCUGGGAAUUCCCAGUCCCACCGAACUGUCCGCUCAGGUGGAAGAGGAGCAGAGGCAGCAGGAACCCACAGGUGAAGGGGGGGGCAGCCCUGAGGGGGACAGAGUGGGGCAGGAUGGAUCGUCGGCUGUGGGGGGCGCGAUGGGGAUGCUGUCUUCGCUCACCAGCGUUGUUCAGACCACAGGAAAGACGGUGAUAACAGGAGGUCUGGAUGCUCUGGAGUUCAUCGGCAAAAAAACCAUGGAUGUGAUCGCAGAAGGAGAUCCCGGCUUUAAGAAGACCAAGGGCCUGAUGAACAGGAACUCCACUCUGUCCCAGGUUCUGCGGGAGGCCAAGGAGCGAGAGGAGCUGCAGGAUGCAGAGAAAGAGUCUUCUGAUGGAGAGAAGAAGGUGGUCGCCCACUACGGGAUGCUGUUUGAUGAAUUUCAGGGUCUGUCUCACCUGGAGGCGUUGGAGCUUCUGUCCCGAGAGAGCGAGUCCAAGGUGAAGUCGGUGCUGACCACUCUGUCUGGAGACGAGCUGCUGCAGCUCAGGGAGGAGCUGGAGGCCAUCAAGGACUCCUUCUCCAUGGUGGAGUUUGACGAGGAGGAGGUCGAUGAGAGGAAGGAUGAGGACGGGGGGGAGUUUGAGAAGGAGCUGACAGAGGCUCUGGGGGGCCUGGAGAUCUCCGCUGCAGCCGGCAAACUCAGCACGGCCUGUAAGGAGGCCUGCAGCAGCAUCAGGGACAUGAGCACACCAGCAGAGGAGGAAGAGGAGGAGGACGGAAGUGGGAUGAAGAAAGCCCACUCUGUGGAGGACGUUCACGCCGCUGCCAUCAGGAGCCUGGCAGAGCUGACGGCUCGAUCCAUCGAGCUUUUUCACAAACUGGCAGAGAUGAUCCUCUUCUCCAAUGGCAGCGCAGACGCCAGCGUCCUGUCACAGUUGACUGUUGUCCUGUGUAAAGAAGUCUCUCUGCUCUCCAAGAAGUUCACGUCCUGCUUGACGGCAGCGGGGUCUCAGGACAAAGGAGACGUGCUGAACCCCCUGAUUACAGGAGUCUUUCUUGAGGCGUCCAACAGCGCGUCCUACAUCCAGGACGCUUUCCAGCUUCUCAUGCCGAUCCUGGAGAUCUCCCACAUCCAGAGGAGCGCCGCGUCUCCAGAGAACCGACGCCGCUGAAAGCCUUUUGAAGAACUUCGGCCGGAAGGAGAAAAGCUUUUAGUCGCACCGUUCUGGGGGUUUGUGAAGCACAGAAGCAAACAUGAGGCGUCCUGACCUACAGGGACUCCACUGCUUCUGCAGAAACAAACAGGGAAACACUUUAUUAUCACACUUCUGCUCAAAAAAUUCUUUUAAUGAAAAAAAUCGAAUGAAAACUUGUAGGGUAAGGUGGGACGCUUUAAAUAAGAAAAAAAAAAUUAAAAACAAAAAUCUGAAACAAUUAGAAACGACCCAAAAAUGUGUGAUGUUUGCACUUUUGUCCCGGUAUCUUUGUUGUUUUUCUCCGAAGGUUCUUUGACUCUCCCCAUCAGCAGAGACGCUGUCGCCCUUAAGGGUCAUCUAGGGAUUCUGACUCAGAGUUGCCUCACCUGAGCACGAGUAAAGGAGGGUUCCUCGCUGCACUUGUAACCUCCACCAAGGCUUAGUGCUACAUGGAGGGGUGGGGUCCCGUGGGAGGAUGGGUUCUGCCCCCAGGCGGUAGCAGACAGAAGUCAUUUUACUACUAAUCAAUAAAGAAGCUUCUGCAGUCACUUUGCGUUGACGAAGCAGAAGCAGCUUCACCUGCAAGGUGGCCUUCAAAGCCACACCCUCUUUUUAAUAAUUUUCCUUAUUUUUAAUCCCCUGCUGUUGUUUUACUUUAUUAUGAAGUUGUUCUUCUGUGUUUUUCCCUUAAAGCUGCAGCUGUUUCUGUGCUAAACAUGAUGUUUCUGUGGAGGACUGAAACUCACUUCAUUCAAUUGUGUAAAAAUGUAAAAUAAAAGGGUUCGGAUGGACCGAUUUGAACGCUGUUUU